GACCUCGGGUCCCUGCAGUCACUGCGCCAGGAAUCAAAGCCUCUAAAAUCUUCAAUAUUUCACUGCAAAUUCAUUGACUGCAGCCGAAACUGCGCGCACUUUCAUCUCUGCUUUGUUUUCGAGCCUUAUCUAUUCAGUAGAUUACAAAAUUGAGCUUUAUUUAUUUGUUUGAUUCCGAUGAUUAAUUUGUGUUACUGCGUCUUUUGUCGGUGUCGCGCAUUGAGGUCAAUAAGUCACAUAUGAACUGAAAGACACGCGCUUGAUUCUCACUGCGAUCAUCUGUAAAACUGCAGACAUGACUGAAUCAUUACACUGUCUCGUGAUCGGUUCUGUUCUCAUGGUUCUGGUCUCUGCUGAGGGUCUGAAUGCUGGUCCAGGACUCCUUCCAAGUCCUCUCCGGUCUCACGGGCCAGUUCUGGACAUUCCCGUUGGUUUUGAGGGGCAUGAGGAGGUCUCUCGGAAACCUGGAUUCACGGAGACUUCACAAGAGAGCUCGGGGUUCUUCAGCGAGGACACUGAGGACACCAAGAGCGUCCAGCGGUGGGAGUCACAAACCGAGACCAAAGAGGCCGGUUCUGACCCGGAUGCCAUGAGCGAGCGCUGUCUAUUGCCUAAGAAGGUGGGACCGUGUCGUGCUGCUUUUACUCGCUGGCACUUCAACCCUGCGGCAAACAUGUGUAAGAAGUUCAUGUUUGGAGGUUGUGAAGAGAACGGCAAUAACUUUCUGACACUGGAGGAGUGUGCCAAAGCCUGUCACCCAGUCUCCGAUUACAGUCCUUCACCCCCAGAACCCACAUCUUCCUCCCUCCCUCUGAUCAACUCUUCCUCCUCAUUCCUCCCCACUUCGGAGUCCAUGAACCCUGCGAAGUGGGAGAGUGAUUCAGAAUCCAGCGGCUUUCUCCUUAACCCCUCCUCUGGCCUGUCAACCGCACCUGCUGUUGACCACACCCACCCCACAGACACGCCCCCCACUCUAACCCGUCAGAACAGCUCUGAAGACACAGCUGGUCCUGACAUAUCGCUUGCUUCUGAGGAUGAGAGGUUUGAUGAUGAGACUGACCAGGCUGUCACUCAAUCACCCACGGCUCCAGAAGUUGGGCCCCUGCCCAGCCAAGGACCCCUGCAGCCUGACGAACCACAACACGAGGAUUCUGAGGAAGAGGAGCUGAUAGUUUUUCCCACUGAGUUGGAUAAAGAAGAUGAAGACUGGCGAUAUCUCACGACCGGCCCGUCGUCCUCUCCCGCCUCAGAUCUGCCGCCUGUGGUUUUUACAGAGACGUCCUGGCAGGGGGCUCCGCUCGUCACGACUGAGGUUGAGGAAGGGGCGGAGCUUCGUCAUGGCGGAACCGAAUAUCUAGCAAAUACUGAACUUCAUGAACCAGAAGUGUCACAGGAGGCUGAGCAGGUGAUUUGUGUGGACUGGAGUAACCUCGCAGGAAAGGGUUACGUGAUCCUUACCAUGACCGACAACUUCGACUGCGAUGAGUUUCGUACGGAGAAUGGAGACAGACUGCUGGAAUUGCUGGAAAACACUUUCUCUAUAAAGAUGAGCAUCCCGCAAGGAUCCUGGCUCAUCUUCCUUAGCAAACCCACUCAACAAGACCACCAACUCCUCAUGACUUUAGCCAGCGAGCAGGAAAUCAUUGCACCUAAAGAGGUUCUGUCAAUGCUGGGUGAAAUCAAAAGAGAUCUGUAUGAGAUUGGCAUUCAGAAUUAUUCCAGCGUAAACACAUGCCACUCGAGACCCAGUCAAACCCGCAGUGACUACGGUAAACUAUUUGUGGUUCUGGUGAUCAUCGGGUCGAUCUGUGUCCUUAUUAUCGCUUCUGGAGUCAUCUAUAUCUGCUGGCAACGGCGUUUACCCAAACUCAAGAACAUGUCACGAGGUGAAGAGCUUAACUUUGUGGAAAACGGCUGCCAUGACAACCCCACGCUGGACGUCACCAGCGACAGCCAGUCAGAGACACAGGAGAAGAAACCCAGCGCCAAUGGGGUGACGGCGGGCGGAGACGCAGGAAGCGGAUGGCAGGUGCUGGUCAACAAACCCGGAAAAGAGGAGGAAGACAACCAGGAGGAAGACACUCACCUUUAAUCCCGAAACCAGUCAGCAUGGAAAAGCAGUAUUGCGUUUGAGACUAUGAAGGCAGCAAACAUUUUCAAGCUUUUUCAAAACAUCCGCUCUAUAAUACGUGAUGUGUUUUGGCUUGUGCGACAUUUUCCUUUAUCUGCAUUUAACGUUACGAAGAUUAAAUUCAGAUGGACUGACGUGCUUUAAACGUGACUACUGCGGCCCGGGACGUUUUUGCGUGCGGGAACAAAUCAUUAGGAUUUAUUGAAAUUGAAUGUGUCAAACAAUCAAUAGGAUAUUUUAGAAUUUCAAAUCGGUUCAAAUAUCUUGGAUGUUUGGUCUGAGAAAAAGGAUUUCUUGCACUGUAAAAUGAAAAUAGUUUAACAAAAUUGAAACUUCUGUCAUUUUUUACUAUGGUCCGAUUCACGAUUCACGUCACGUUUCCGGCUGACGUCAGAGGUAUUCAGGCCAAUCACAACGUACAGAUUAGCUGGUCAGAUGAGUUUGGUACAAAAUCAGUGCUUCAGGAAGACAAGGAAACCUGGAGCCACAAAAAUGUACGGUAUGUGGAAAAUAAUGUGUUUUUUGAACCAUAAACCACACGAACACAAAUACACAAAAUAACGUUGAUUUUAAGAAAAUUGAAAUAGGUGCACAUUAAAAUAUUUGCACAAUUAUUUUUCGUUUUCGUCACACAGUGAAACCUUUCACACACAAUCUGGUGCUUAUUUACGAGCCCCUAGGGUGAUCUAAAGUUUGGUUUCAUGUGCUCAGAUUUUUUUUUUACAGUUAAGUUUCGCGUGCGCAUGUGAAACUAUCGUGUGCGCACGUGAAACUAAACAUGAUAGUUUCAUAUGCGCACACGAUAGUUUCAUGUGCACGCAAAACUAAAUGCAAGACUUUCACGUGCGCACACGAUAGUUUCACGUGCGCACGUGAAACUAAACUUAAUUAAAUUUUUUCUCCAUGUCCCCUUAGGGGCUCCGUACUUAUUAAUUAAUCAGUUGCAAAAAAUUCGCAAAACAGUACAAAUGGACGUUAUGUCAGAUGAAAUUCUCGAUUUGCCUUUCGCUUGUACGGUGGCUCUAAACAUCAAAACAUCUCUCAAAAUGCUCCAGAUGUUGAAAAAUGCAGAAAAUUUAAGCCAAUCCGAAUUUUUAAAUGAAUCAUGAAAGUUUUGGAGUAAAAACAUGUGUGAAUAUGAUAUUUUAUUUAUGAACAGUUCAGACGAUAAUUUCAGACUUUUUGCAAACAUCGUUAGCCUCGUAACUGAAGUCAUAUGAUAGCUUUGCGUGAAUUUUAGAUCAAUAUUUCUUUUAAACGUUUCGGUUGUCAGAUGGCGUUUUGACCUCAUUAACGUCAAUUUUAGAAAUUUUAGUGGCAUGGUGCAAAUGAUGCUGAGAAAAUGACAAUUUUCAUUUUAGGUAAACUGUUUCUUUAAAAACACGAAUACUUGACGAAGUUGAUUGUAUGAAGGGAUUUCUUGAAGGUUUUAACAGUGUAUCUCUAACAAUACACUAUAAACAUAUUUUUUAUUCAAUUCAAUGCAAGUAUUUAGUUGCAUCUUGUGUUAGACAUGCUGAAUGCUGGAUGGACGACUGUCACCUCGCCUCGCUCCGUUAUCAUGUAUCGGAAUGGCUCUGUGUUGGAUCAGUGUUACUCUUUAAGGUUUAUAUAUUGCACAUUUAACGUUUCAAAACACCAACAGAAACAUGAUUCACCAUCCUCUCAUUCACUGAAGAUCAAUCUCUUUGACGCUUACGUUAUCAGUGUUUGGUUGGAAAAUGUUAGCUUUAAUUGCCAAAAAAACAAGAAGUGAUUGAUCACAACCCUGCCAGAAAAUUCAUCUUGAAACAGAUGCCAAACCCAUCCAGCAGGGUUCAUUGUUUAUAGUGGUGAUCUUGUUUAUUUGUUUGUCAGAAAACAAUCUCUCUGGUUUAUUUGUCUCGCAAUGAAAAAGCUUUUCUGGUUUUACUCAUAAGUGCAUGAAACACUGUAGUAUUUAAGUCUAUGCACAUGCCGGGGUCGACUGAUUAUACACAUUUAAAUAAACGUAAACAGUUAGUAUUGAAAUACAUAGGAAACACUAAACAUAUGUGCAUUUUUCUUUGAGUAGUUUUCUUAUCAAGGCUUGAUGUGUAGGAGAAUUCGACGCCUGUGUAAACGCUUACAUUUCGUACCGUUUCCGUCUCGGUACGAGAGCUGUUAGCAAAUUUGCACUUUUUUGCAUUUUGUAUCUCGAUUUGCUUAAUGUAUCUGAUUGUAACGAGAUUUAGAUCUCGCUGAUUUCUGGUAAUUUUAUGUUACACCAUCUAUUGAAAAGGUAAAAAAUAAAUGUUUUGAGAAGU